AGCCACCCUCACAUGCAAAUCCGGAGGUGGAAGUUACUCUAAAAUUUGCUUCCCACUAAAAUGAGGAUUUUGACGUGAAAGGACAGAAUAACCUCAAGAUGACAUCUAUGCAACUUGGUGGCAUGGCUCUUCCUAAAUUUGUCUGAAGUCUUGCAGAAAAGGAAGAAAGAAAACUCUGUCCGCAGAAGAGAUUGUGCAACGUCGUUGCUUCUUUUUUUCACUUCCUUCCAGGUCCUAGUCUCUUUUUCAAUUGUUAUAAUUCAAUUGGUAGAUUUGCUUCAAUUUGAUCUAGAUGCUGUCCACUGUCAGCAGCACUGUUGUUCAAGAGACUGGGUCUGAACCAAUUCCCUGUCAGCAUGUUAGCACAACUUCUGAAACAGGUGCUGGAACAGGAGGGAUCUAUUCUGCUAUCCUCAGCCGCAACCAGCCCCUUAUUGAAGUCAAGGAGAAGACCUUUCAUGAGCUUCAUAAGAAGUGCCUUGAGAAAAAGAUUCUUUAUAAGGAUCCAGAUUUUCCAGCUAACGACACCUCCCUUUUCUUCAGUCAAAGGCUUCCAGUCAAAUUUGAGUGGAAAAGACCAUCAGAAAUCUGUGAGAAUCCACGCUUUAUCCUUGGUGGAGCCAAUAGGUCUGACAUUUGUCAAGGGGAACUAGGGGAUUGUUGGUUUCUGGCUGCCAUUGCUUGUCUGACCCUGAAUGAAAAAUUGCUGUUCCGGGUCAUUCCCGAGGGUCAGACCUUCAUUAAAGAUUAUGCUGGGAUUUUUCACUUCCAGUUCUGGCGCUAUGGAAGAUGGGUGGAAGUUAUCAUUGAUGACCGUUUACCAACAUAUGGCAAACGUCUGGUCUUCACUAAAUCCUCCCAACAGAAUGAAUUCUGGAGUGCGUUACUGGAAAAAGCUUAUGCAAAGCUUCAUGGGUCCUAUGAAGCAUUGAAAGGAGGCAACACAACAGAGGCCAUGGAGGAUUUCACAGGAGGAGUGACAGAAUUUUAUGAGAUCAAGGAUGCUCCUAAAGAUACAUACAAAAUCAUGAAGCACGCCAUUGAGAGAGGGUCACUUAUGGCUUGCUCCAUUGAGGACAGUUCAGGAUUAAUUUAUGGAAGUGCUCCUACAACUGAUAUUGGAGAUUUCGUUACCCAAAUGUUGCAGAAGGUGGAUUCUGUAUUUUUGAAUGAGUCAGUUGAAGAAACACAGGACAGGGCAAUUCGGACCAUUGUUCCACUGUUGUUUGAAAGGCGCAUGACUAAUGGACUGGUCGUAGGCCAUGCCUAUUCAGUCACAGGAGUGGAAGAAACAACAUUUAAAGGGCAGAAGAUAAAACUGGUGCGGCUCAGAAAUCCCUGGGGACAAGUAGAAUGGAAUGGAGCUUGGAGUGAUCGCUCAGAUGAAUGGAAUGUUAUUGACAACGCCGAGAAGGUCCGCUUGCAACAUAAAAUUGCAGAGGAUGGCGAGUUCUGGAUAUCAUUCCAAGAUUUCCUGAGGUAUUUCACAAAGCUGGAGAUUUGUAAUCUCACACCAGAUACCCUUGAGGCUGAUAAGCUUCACACAUGGACAGUUUCCGUCACGGAAGGACAGUGGGUGCGAGGCAGCACUGCAGGUGGCUGCCGUAACUAUCCGGAUACUUUUUGGACCAAUCCACAAUAUCGCUUGAAACUCCUGGAAGAAGAUGAUGAUCCAGAAGAUGCUGAGGUUGUAUGCAGUUUCCUGGUGGCCCUGAUGCAGAAAAACAGGAGAAAAGAGCGCAAACUAGGAGCCAAUCUCCUCACAAUUGGUUUUGCCAUCUACGAGGUGCCGAAAGAGAUGCAGGGUGACAAGAAACACUUACAGAAGGAUUUUUUCCUUUACAAUGCCUCCAAAGUAAAGUGCAAGUCUUACAUAAACAUGCGAGAAGUCGCAGAACGAUUCCGUCUACCUCCAAAUGAGUAUGUCAUCAUCCCAUCCACCUAUGAACCCCACCAAGAAGGAGAAUUUAUCCUAAGAGUUUUCUCAGAAAAGAUAAGUCUUUCAGAGGAAGUUGAAAGCAAGAUUGAAGCAGGAAAUAUCUCUCCAAUCGUCUUUGUCUCAGACAGAGCAAACAAGAACAAAGAUCUGAAAGAUGGCGAGAAGCUUAGAAAGGACAAGGAAAAAACAAGUCCAGAUAAGCGAAAGAAAAACACUGAGCCGGCAGAAAGGGAUACAGACAGUGAAGAAGAUAAGCAGUUCAGAAAUAUUUUUCGACAAAUCGCUGGGGAUGACAUGGAGAUCAGUGCUGAUGAACUAAGGAACGUCCUCAACAAUGUUCUGAAAAAACAUAAAGACUUGAAGACAGAAGGUUUUGCCCUAGAAUCCUGCCGCAGCAUGAUUGCCUUAAUGGAUACAGACGGUUCAGGGAAAAUAAAUCUUGAUGAAUUUCACCACCUUUGGACUAAGAUUAAAAGCUGGCAGAAAAUUUUCAAGCAAUAUGACACUGACCAUUCAGGAACCAUUAACAGCUAUGAGAUGCGUAAUGCAGUUAAAGAUGCAGGGUUUCAACUGAAUAACCAGUUAUAUGAUAUCAUUACAAUGCGCUAUGCUGACAGGAACAUGAAUAUUGAAUUCGACAGUUUUAUCUGUUGCUUUGUGCGACUAGAGGGAAUGUUCCGUGCAUUCCAUGCCUUUGAUAAAGAUGGAGAUGGCAUUAUUAAACUGAACGUCUUAGAGUGGCUACAGCUCACCAUGUACGCCUGAAUACCACUUACGUUCACCUUUUGAUUAUUGACUUAAUCAGCCAACAUGCAGUUACAAAAUACUGAUCUCUGAUGCAUCUCCCUCUUAAAAAGUACAUGGAAAGGGGAAUACAAUGCAGCAGAUUUAUGUCCAAGCAAAAAUAACAUCCAUCUCCAUCUAUGAAUCAAUUGUCAUUAAGUUCUGCUUAACUGCUUAUCUUAUCAACAGCAGCAGCAAGGCAUCUUGUGCACAAGCGGUAUCUGCUCUCCUGAUGGAAUCCAUUCUAGGAUGCGUGAGCUUCUUUGCAAAUCAAAACGAUUAUUCUUACUUUGAAAAACAGCAGGUCUUGCCAUGUGAAUUAUUUAGGGGCCAACUUGCCAAAAUGUAGCUCAUCUGAUUUAAGUAAUUCAACUUAUUUGAAGCUAAUAUGCCU